ACAGGGGCGACACACUGAGUUACUUGACCACAUUUGAAAUUAAAAAUCGGACCCACACCACCACCUGGAAAGACAAGCACAAUUUCUUGAGGAAGUCUUGCCAGAAUCAUAAGACAGCCAGUCACUGAGAGGUGAAAUGGCGGAGAAAGGAAUUGAGCUCGGAAGGGAAACCAUCUCUUGUUCGAUCUGUCUGGAUCUAUUGAAGGAUCCGGUGGUUAUUCCCUGUGGACACAGCUACUGCAUGAGCUGUAUUGAAACCCACUGGGACAAAGAGGAUGAGAAGAUAAUCCACAGCUGCCCUCAGUGUAUGCAGACCUUCACACCAAAGCCUGUCCUGGUGAAAAACACAAUUUUAGCAGUUUUAGUGGAGGAGCUGAAGAAGACUGGACUCCAUGCUGCUCCUGCUGAUCACUGCUAUGCUGGACCUGAAGAUGUGCCCUGUGAUGUUUGCAUUGAAAGAAAACUGAAAGCUGUCAAGUCCUGUUUGGUUUGUUUGGUCUCUUAUUGUGAAAAACACAUCCAACUUCAUUAUGAUGUACCUCAGUUAAAGAAGCACAAGCUGGUGGACCCCACCAAGAAGCUCCAGGAGAACAUCUGCUCUCGUCAUGAUGAGGUGAUAAAGAUGUUCUGCCGCACUGAUCAGCAGUGUAUCUGUUAUCUCUGCUCUGUGGACGAACAUAAAGGCCACGACACAGUCUCAGCUGCAGCAGAGAGGAGAGCGAGGCAGAGAGAGCUCGAGCUGAGUCAACAACAAAUCCAGCAGAGACUCCAGGACACAGAGAAAGAUGUGGAGCUGCUACAACGGGGGGUGGAGGCUGUCAAUGCCUCUGCCGAUAAAGCUGUGGAGGACAGCGAGAAGAUCUCAGAGCUGAUCCGUCUCAUGGAGAAAAAAACCUCUGAUGUGAAGCAGCAGAUCAGAUCCCUGCAGAAAACUGAAGUGAGUCGAUCUAAAGAGAUUCAGGAGACGCUGGAGCAGGAGAUCACUGAGCUGAAGCGGAAAGACGCUGAACUGAAGCAGCUCUCACACACAGAGGAUCACAACCAGUUUCUACACAACUACCCCUCACUGUCACCACUCAUUCAAUCUACACACUCAUCCAGCAUCAACAGUCCCCUGAGGCACUUUGAGGGUGUGACAGCAGCUGUGUCAGAGGUCAGAUGGCAACUAGUAGACAUUCUGACUGAGACAUGGACUAACAUUUCACUGACUGUGACCCAACUGGAUGUUUCACUGUCACAACCAGAGCCCAAGACCAGAGCUGAAUUCUUAACAUAUGCACAGGAAAUCACACUGGAUCCAAACACAUCAAACACGCGUCUGCUGUUAUCGGAGGGAAACAGAAAAGCAACAAUGAGAGAAGAACAGUUUUAUUCUAGACACCCCGACAGAUUCACUAAUUAUUAUCAGGUCCUGAGCAGAGAGAGCCUGACUGGAUGUUGUUACUGGGAAGUGGAGAGCAGAGGAAGACUCUGUGUAGCACUCACAUACAAGAAUAUCAGCAGAGGGUGGAGGUUAGAAGAAUGUGGAUUUGGAUACAAUGACAAGUCUUGGGCGUUAGAUCAUUACAGAAACAGUUAUCACUUUUAUUUCAACAAAGUCAACACUCCAGUCUCAGGUCCUCAGUCCUCCACAAUAGGAGUGUACCUGGAUCACAGUGCAGGUAUUCUGUCCUUCUACAGCGUCUCAGACACCAUGACUCUCCUCCACAGAGUCCAGACCACAUUCACUCAGCCUCUCUAUGCUGGAGUUAGGUUCUAUAAAGUAGGAUCCACAGCCGAGUUCUGUAAACUCAAAUAGAAUUGAGUCAUUCAAAGUGCAGAGAGUUAAAUUGUGUUCAAACCUUUAACUUCUUUUCUCUUCAGGUUUGUUGCUCAAAGCUCAUUGUUGUGACACAAGGUUCAUAAGG